AUGCUGCCGAAUAAUGAGGUUCGCGUUCCCCGUCCGCGGAUUGGGCAGCCCGCAGUGCCGCGCGACAUCACGGCCGAAUUUACAGAAGCCGCCUCGAAAUUGAAUACCGGACAGCUCGUAAAAGAUGAGACGUUCACGCUAUUCGAAGCCGUGGGCGCAUUGGAGAUUAUGGACUCGAAGAUGGACAGUGGAUACAUAGCUCCUGGGGAAAAUUUGGAGGAGGCGCUCGAGGACAACUAUGAUGUGCGGCAGCCAUUGGCGCCGGAGCAGAUUGUGGGCUUGAUGGACCAAUUGCUAUGUCAUGAGGUGGCAUGGCACAAGGGUCAUCCUCUCUCGCAAACGCUUUUCACCUCAAUCUAUCUCGACAGACUACUGUGGCCAGUGCCGAAGACUAUAGAAGAUGCUCGAUUCGACCGGGUACCAAGCGAGUCGCCUUUGGUCGGCCUCGUCCUACGAGCCUAUUGUCUUGCAUUGGUCAAGGCAUGUGACAUUGUCCACGCCCGAGUGGCUACUGAAUACUACUACGAGGAAGAAGACUUUGUCAGCCAUUUGUACAACCGGAAUCUUCUCUCUGCAUUUGAUAUGUCCCACUUUCAUCGUCUGCUGGACCAGGCGACUGCUUGGCUUGCCGAACAGACUGAUAUCGACCAGAAAAUUAAGGAUGCCAUUCGCUACAGACUUGCAUUCCGCCAUCAAUUCCUGUCUGCAUUAGACCAAGACCUCGAGGUUCUUGAAACCAGAUCUACGGUGAAUUUCGAGUCUUGUCUAUCUGAACUCGUACCUCUAAAGGAGUCAGUCCCACUGGGAAAGCCAAUGCCAGAAGCUUUCAGCUUGAAAAUCCAGCGCAAGCUGGCUAGCACAGUUCCCCCUCGCCCAAUGGUCAAUCUCAGCUCGGAAGAUGCGCUGGCACAUCUUGAACGACUUUGCAAAGACGCCAUAGACAUGCAGCAGAUGCUUGACUAUACUGGUCCAAGUAACUUUAAGACCGCUGUGUGGACUCUACUUUCCCGAAAACCGCAACCGUCAAUUUACAUCAGGUGCCUCCUUCAAGCAUUGAUUGUCAGCAAUUUCAACAUCCUUGGGACUGUGCCCGUCAAAGAUUUCCUGUACGGCGAGUUGGCAGAAUUGGUCCUCCCUGCUAGUUUACUGCUUGAGGCAAACAUCGAUGAAGUGGAGGUUCCAUCCGACCCUCGCUUCCAGAUUGCCCAAAAGAUGGAUGGCUUCUUGAAGAGAUUCUCACAGCCAUUUGUCGAUACGGUGCGAUGCGCCUGUCUCAAUCGCUGUCGCCUUCGUCGAACACUCUGUCACACCAUCGUCGACUGGGAUAAUUUGCAGAUGGAGGCCGAGGAAUUGGAUCUCGAGCUCCGCGUGUUGAGCGCAGAGCCACCAUUACAAUUCCCAGGUGGUGAACCCACCUGGUCCUUCCCUCUUAGCAGUUGGGCCUAUCACCAAAAGCUUGUCCAAUUCCGACUCAUCCUCCAAAUGGGCUUUGAGCUGUCGAUUUAUUCCCCAGAAGAAUUGCCGGGCAUGUAUUGGUAUCUGUCUCAUAUCUGCUCCACGCACCUUGGUCACAUCGACCGCAUUCGCACAUUUACUGUGGCGGCGCGUAAGCGAGAUCUGAUGGCUGCGGGCUCUCGGCCUGGAAACUCCGCCCAGAAGGCAUCCGCGUUCCACCGGUCGUUCCACGCCUUGGAGAGGCUCACAACGCACAUCAUUGCCGUCGAUGCAUUUGCAAUUGCUCUCCAUGCAUUGUACGUGGUGUUGGCUCGCCAUAAGAUUCUUCCCACUGCCUCUUCCGCCCAGGCCUAUUCUACUGACAGACUACGGUAUGAAAUACGUAUGAAGCCGUUUAUCCCUAUCACGUUACCCGAACUGGUACCAUACGAUGAAUACCAACGCGAGGCUGCACUUGAAGGAGACUCCGACGCCACCAUCUUAGAGCGUGCGUCCAAGGCAGUCGCCGAGGCCCGAAAGGCCUGGGAAGCCAAUCUUGCCAAUGGCGCUUUCAUUGAAGAUCCGUCUGGGUCCAAGUCGACAUCUCCCAAGGCUAUCAAGGAGGACUGGAACCGUGACGCUAAGGACACUAUGCGUGCGUGCAUUGGAACUAGUCUUACUAUUGAGACGGUCAAGAAGGCCUUGGCAGCCUCUCCGGAUGGCAAGCCUCUCAACCUGGAAGUGACUGUGCCUGAGGUCGGCACCAAGGCUCGUUGGCAUGACUGGUGGGUGGUGCCACAGGUCUCUGAGAAGAAGUCGAAGGCUUGA